AUGGCAAGAGAAUAUAAAGAAAAGUCCAAAGCCAAAGUAUCGAUUAUUGAAGAACAAGCCUCCUUUUCCUCCAACGCUAAAUUUGUUCAUAUUGAGGAAAAUAAAGAGCAACUGCUAUGCUUCAAUGGGAAAAUUAAUGGCCAUCCUGCUUGGAUCCGCUUGGAUAGUGGAGCCUCAAGAAACUUUGUUAAUAAAAAGUUUGUGACACAUCACCAAUUGCAAAAAGAAGAUACUACUCCCUUUACUGUAGAACUGGCUGAUGGAAGAAAGAAAGAAGUUACCGAUGAG